AAGAGAUCUUUAAGAGAUGGUCUAAUUACUAUAAUAAGAGAUGGUCUAAUGACUCUAAUCUAAUAAGUUGUCAUUAUCCUGGUCUAAAGACAAUAAUAAGUUGUUAUUAUCCUUUAAGAGAUGGUCUUAUGACUUCAAUGAGUUGUCAUUAUCCUUUAGGGGAUGGUCUAAUGACUAUAAUAAGUUGUUGUUAUCCUUUAAGAGAUUGUCCAAUGACUACAAUAAGUUGUCAUCAUCCUUUAAGAGAUUAUCCAAUGACUAUAAUAAGUUGUAAUCAUCCCUUAAGUGAUUUUCCAAAGACUAUAAUAAGUUGUUAUUAUCCUUUAAGAGAUUGUCCAAUGACUACAAUAAAUUGUAAUCAUCCUUUAAGAGAUUAUCCAAUGACUAUAAUAAGUUGCAAGCAUCCUUUAAGUGAUUGUCCAAUGACUAUAAUAAAUUGUAAUCAUCCUUUAAGUGAUUGUCCAAUGACUAUAAUAAAUUGCAAUCAUCCUUUAAGAGAUUGUCCAAUGACUAUAAUAAAUUGUAAUCAUCCUUUAGGAGAUUGUCCAAUAACCAUAAGUUGUCAUCAUCCUUUAAAGGGUGACGCAUAUCGUUUAGCAAAUCGAACGCUCGUUUCUGGUGUUGCUCACCGUUUAGUAUAAAAGGCCCGAUCCCGGAAUAAUACUCAAGGGUACACAGGUUCGAGGUCGUUGUGUCAACACCUCUAACUGUUAUAUAGCAUAAGUAUAUUAUAGAUCGUCACACAUUUAUAAAAGGGUGAUUUUUAUUUUGACAAAUCAAUUCCACAUUUAUGGGUGAAGUUUCAGGAUCUUCUAUUUGUGUAUAAUAAGGAAAAAUUGGCAUCUAAAUUUCCCCAUAACGUAAUAGCAC